AUGGGAAAGACUGCACCACCCAAAAAGCGAGGAGGCAUGUCUUUCGUCGUUUCUGUCACUUCGGUGCGUUCGCGUGAAUCACGACGAGCAGCCUCUCCCGGAAUCGAUCUCGACAAAUCUCUCAAAGACCUCAAGCCUCCCACCGCAACCAAGAUCAAGCAGCCGUCGGUCCUCGCGAUCCACCAAGGCGCUGGAAUCUCCAAGAAGACCAAGAAUGGCAGAAAGGCCGUCCUGAGUGCAAAGGCGAAGAAGCGGCAGGAGAAGGGGAUGGAUCGUGCCGAGGCGGUCAUUGACAAGAAAGAGAUCAAGAUUGAGAAGAGCAAGGAUCGGGCCCGGACUGUUCAGGAGAGAGCAAAGAACUGGGAGGAGUUAAAUAAGCGUAUGCUGGCGAAGAAGGCUCGAGAGGAGGCAGACAAGCUUGAGGAGGACAAGGAGAGCGAAGCCUGGGAGGACGAUGAGAUGGAGGCUGAUGAGGAUCUGACUGCAGAAACUAAUGUCGCUGAGGAUGCGAAGACGAUACCUGUGCCUGCCGAAGAAGACGAGGAGAUCCUAUGA